AUGUUGGACGCCUUUGAGAUCUUGACGACCUCUGGCGUCGUCUUGUGGUCGAGGUCCUCUUCCAAGGUCGGCGCAGCCGCAGUCAACAGUUUGAUCAACGAUGUCUUCAUCGAGGAGAAAGUCCGCCCGACAGCGACCAGCUCGAACAAGCCCACGUACCGCCACGACAAAUACACGUUGAAAUAUACACUGGUCAAGGACCUGGGCCUGAUCUUCGUGGCAGUCUAUCAGUCUCUUCUUCACCUUACCUGGGUUGACAAGUUGCUCGACGACAUCCAAACCAUCUUUGUCAAAGUCUACAGAGGCCAGCUGGAGGAACUCGACUACGCUGCUCUGAAAUAUCCUUUCGAUCCGUAUUUCGAUGAGGAGAUGCGCCGACUGGAUGAAAGCAUAGGCGGAGCAAUCACCAGGGAGGCAAGCCACGUUGAACUGCCGCAGGAAGAAAAGAAAACAAGCGCCGAAGACGGGGACAAUGGAGGCCCACCGCCGCCGGAAACACCACAGCCUCUGGCUGCGCCAGUCAGCAAUGAAGGUUCUCUCCAGAACACUCCUGUCCACUCGCCUGAUACCUCCCGUCCGACGACUCCUCUUCCGGGCAUCGCGCCACACUUGUUGACGGACAAUGGAAGGCCGCAAAAUCGGGGCUCUCGCAGAGCAAGAAAGGCUGCCCACGCCGCAGCUUCUGCCAAUGUCUCAAGCGGAGACGAGGCUAGAAGACACAAACCUGCCAAAACGAGCGCAAAGAAGGGUCGAGUUUGGGGUCCCGAUGGAAUUGCAGACGUGGAGGAUGAUGUCAAACUCGACUAUUCGGCUGGUGAUACUGGCGCCAAUGGAGAAACAGCGAAAGGGUCUCCGUCACCGGAAACCAUCUCCCAAGAAAGUUGGGGAACGAAGAACAAACAAGGCCAGUUUGUCCUUAAGGAUCUGGGCGACGAAGUCAACAACAUUCUCAAGUCGGCAGACGCCAGUAAAGGCGAAAUUAAUGGAACUGGCAGGACGACCUUCGGUGCAAUUUCAGGAUACUUCAGGAACAUUGUGGGUGGGAAGACAUUGACGAAGGAAGACCUGGAGAAGCCUCUGAAGUCCAUGGAGGAACACCUGAUCAACAAGAACGUCGCUCGUGAUGCGGCUAUUCGAUUGUGUCAAGGGGUGGAGGCUGAAAUGGUUGGCAAGAAGACAGGGGCAUUCGAAUCAAUCGACGCCGCAUUGCGCCCAGCGCUGGAAAAUUCACUCCGAAAGAUUCUCACGCCAAGAUCGUCACUAGACCUCCUUCAGCAGAUCGAAACCGUCGCAAGGCCAACGGGAGCAAAAGCGCAACCCCGUCCGUUCGUCAUCACCAUCUUGGGUGUAAAUGGCGUCGGCAAAUCCACCAACCUAUCAAAACUCUGCUAUUUUCUGUUGCAAAACAAUUAUCGCGUCUUGAUUGCGGCGGGCGAUACCUUUAGAUCGGGUGCCGUGGAACAACUGAACGUCCAUGUGCGCAACUUGAGGGAGCUUACAGCUCGCGAAGGGCUUGGUGCGGUCAGUAUCUACGAACGAGGUUACGGCAAGGACGCAGCCAAUGUGGCUAGGGAUGCAGUGACCUUUGCAAAAGAGAACGACUAUCAGGUCGUCCUCAUUGACACCGCCGGACGAGCGCAUACGAACACGCAACUCAUGGCCGCGCUGGAGAAACUUGUUGACUUGGCAAAACCAGACUUGAUCCUCCAAGUUGCCGAGGCGCUGGUAGGGAAUGAUUCGGUGGGCCAAGCGCAGAAUUUCACCAAAGCGCUCGGGAAGAAUCGAAAGCUCGAUGGGUUCAUUGUGUCCAAGGUUGACACUGUUGGAUCUGGGAUUGGGACAAUGAUCAGUCUCGUGCAUGCCACUUCGGUGCCAGUGCAAUUUAUCGGUGUAGGCCAGCAUUACGGGGAUCUGCGCCAGUUGUCGGUUCCUUGGGCAGUGAAUAUGUUGAUGAACCAGGGUUGA